CUCCAUCGGAAGUGGGCCCCCGAAUGAAACACGAACCCAGCUGCCGGUUCUUUUGUAACUCCUGACCGAAGAGGAACCGACGUGGGGGGUGUCACUCUCGCUUUGAGUUGAUACUCUUUGGCGGACGCCUUCUUUGGAUGACAACCGUCCAGAUCGUCGCAAAAACAGCAGCAGCAGCAGCAGCAGGCGGCGGUGGUGGUGCUCGGUUGGCUGGGGUUUUACACAGCGGCAGAGGGGAGUGAAGCGAACCGAACCGAACCGGGGAAAGGAUUUACUGACGCCGUCUAAGCAUGGCGACCCAAACCACCGCGUCCUGCACUGGAUCUACUCUGUUACAGCCAAUCAGCGAAAUCAUAAACCUCCCACUCGACCAGGUUAACUUUGUGGCAUGUCAGCUGUUCGCCCUGCUUAUGGCUGUGUGGUUCCGGAUCUACCUCCACCCCAGUAAGACCAGCCCCUUCAUCAGACAUGUAGUGGCAACUCUGCUGGGCCUCUACUUGGCUCUGUUCUGCUUUGGCUGGUAUUCGGUCCAUUUUCUGGUACAGAGCGGCCUGUCCUAUGGUGUGAUGAUCUUUGCCAGCCUGGAGCACAUGCACAAGUACUGUUUUAUCGUCACCCUGGGUUAUCUGAUUCUGUGUCAGAUUACAAGAGUCUACGUCUUUGACUAUGGGAUGUACUCUGCAGAUUUUACAGGGCCCAUGAUGGUCAUAACACAGAAGAUAACCAGCAUGGCGUUUGAAAUCCAUGACGGUUUGACAAAGCGCAGGGAAGGACAGCUGACUCCCAGUCAGAAAUACCUAGCUAUCAGCCGAAUGCCCAGCUUGCUGGAGUACCUGAGCUACAACUGUAACUUCAUGGGCAUCCUGGCCGGGCCCACUUCCUCCUAUAAUGACUACAUGGCCUUCAUCGAAGGGACGUCCUAUCAACGGCGGCACCAGGAGAACGCCAACGGCAAGGAGAAUGGAAAGGUCAAGAAGACUGAACCUUCACCUAAGCAUGCCGUUGUGUCCAAGCUGUGCACAUGUGCCAUCUCUCUGGCCACCUACCUGUCGCUGUACAGGCUGCUCCCGGUGGACUACUCCAUAAACGACGACUUUGUCAAAUCCACACCCUUCUACCUGCAGGUCAUCUACCUUUACUUGGCAAUGCUGGCUCUGAGGCCAAAGUACUACUUUGUGUGGACUCUUGCCGACGCCAUCAAUAACGCAGCUGGAUUUGGCUUCAAUGGGUACGACACAGAUGGUUCUCCACAGUGGGACCUGAUUUCAAAUCUCAGAAUACUGGAUAUUGAGUUUGCAACAAGUUUCAAGCUGUUUCUAGACAACUGGAACAUUCAAACAGCUCAGUGGCUCAAAAGAGUGUGUUAUGAACGCUGUCCUGUCAACCCCACGGCCGCCACCUUCCUGCUGUCAGCCAUGUGGCACGGCGUCUACCCCGGCUACUACCUGACCUUCGUCACUGGCAUCGGAAUGACCAUGGCUGCCCGUGCAGUACGGCACAACAUCAGACCGUACUUUUUGGUCACCGACUCGCACAAGCGCAUCUAUGAUGUCAUCACGUGGGUGUGCACACAGGUUGCCAUUAGUUACACAGUGGUGCCAUUUGUUUUACUCGCUGUGGGACCCUCGCUGAAAUUCUACAGCUCGUGGUACUUUUGCUUGCACCUCCUGUGUCUCCUCGUGGUGCUGGUCCUGCCCGUUAAAUCGAGGCGCCGGCAGGCCAGAGAGAAGCAAGAUAGCCUGACGAAGGAUGCAACGCAGGGCGAGCAGCGCGUUCACAGCAGCACAGACAACAACUGCAACCAGAAAGACAAGACCACAUGAGAGCCGGGACGACAGUGCACAGCCUCGUUAGAAGCUACACCAGGACCGGGUCGAGCCCGUUUAUCUGGCAAAGACCCAAAAAACACUCCAAGGAAUCCUUUCUGAGAAAAACAAAAAACUUCUAGUUGCAAGACGGAGGACAGCAGUCCAGCUGCUGGCCUGGAUUAAAGACAAAUGGGAAAUAAUCUGCCGAGGACUUUAGAGCUGCCUUAAACCCUCUGUGUACUCUACAGGUGAGGAUGAACUGGAUGGUGGGCUGAGGUGUGGUGGUCAUCACAGCAGGUGUGAAGUAUGUGGAGGGUUUUUGUCAUUGUCUGGAAACGAGCCUCUGUUUGGUGGAAUGAGGAAGUUUGUUCAUGUGAAAGAAGUAAACUUUAUUAUCAGCUGCCAAUUUGGAACAGGCCUUAGGAUCCUUAAAUGAUGUUAUUUUUAAGUUGUUUUUUAUCUUUCUUCACAUUGUGUGUUUUGUAUUUAGCUGUUUGUGGCAACACUAUUUCAAACGCAUUCUGAAACUUAGUUUUCUUUCUGGGACGAUUUGGCUCUAAAAUGACUGAGAGAAUAGAUUUCUGAUGGGUCCAUCUAGAAGUGAAUGAAUUUCUGUUUUAUUCCCUGUAUUUUUAUGUUCACUGCUUUAUUUGACAAACUACAGAUGUUUGAUUUGCUCACAACAAACUUCCUCUGUGUUCAGAUGCCUAGUUUUCCAAAUACAGGAUGAAUUUCCCCACACAUUUCAGCUGGUUACCUUCCAAACUAUGAUGUGUUUUAUUGCAAUUUUUAUAUGAUGAACCAGUCCAAAGUAGUGCAUAGUUGUGAAGUGGAAGACAAAUGAUGCAUGGUUUAUAAAUGAAUUUUUAAUAUAAAAGUGUGUAUUCUGCCUACCUGAGUCACUAACACACUUUUUUUCUAUGGGGAUGUGUCUCUACCAGCUUUGCACAUCUAGAGAUUUACAUUUUUGCCCACUAUAGUUCCUCUGUGAACAUCAGUUUUCAAUUCUUUCCACAGAUUCUUAAUUGGAUUUAGGUUCAAACUUUGACUAGGCCAUUUUUAAACAUGAAAUGCUUUGAUCUUCAUUGGAUUUAUGUUUUGGGGUGGUUGUUCUGCUGGAAGGUGAACCUCCACCCCAGCCUCAGGUCUUCUGAAACAUCUAACAGGUUUGUGCUCCAUCUAUCCUCACAUCAACUCUGACCAGCUUCCUGGUUCCUGUUAGAGAAAAGCAUCCCCGCAUCAUGGUGUGGCCACAUUUAUCACCACGGAGUUGCUGCGUUCAGGGUGAUGGUCUGUGUACAUUUUCUGUCAUGUUCAGUGUGUUUCAUUUGGAUGUCCUCUGACCAGAGCACCUUCCACAUGCUUGAUGUGUCUCCUACAUGGCUUUUAAGAUGAACUCCUUUGGCUUUUGUUUUACAGUGCUGCCAUAAAGGCCAGGUUUUUGGAGUAAACAAUCAAUGAUUCUCAGACCCCUGAGCUGUGGACCCUGAAUUUCCAGGUCCUACCUCUUGGCUGUUUAUUUGAUUAAGGUUCUCCUUGUCUGGUGAAUCACUUUAAAUGAACAAUGUCUUGUUUCCAGUUGUGCCAUUCGCUUUCCAUCCGUUUCCUUCCAUUUCACGGUCAUGCACUACUUUGUGUUGCUUUAUCGCAUAAAACUCCCUUUAAAAUACCUUGAAGUUUCUGAUUGUAAAAUUAUGUGGAGGAUUUCUCUUAAAUACUAUUGCAAGGCUCUGUAAAUUAAAGUUAGGCAAAGACUGUAUUCUUUCCAUCAAUUUUGAUUAAGUGUUUAGCUCUUACCUUAAAAAUGUAACUGCAGACUCAUUGGAUUAACGCAUUGACUUGCAGUGUGGUAAAUGGAUUUAUCUCUGAGGAAAUUAGAUUAUUUUUAUUAAAAUAUGAUGUAACGUUGUACACCUUCAAAGUCACAAACAAGCUGGUGUUGUAAAUGGCCUCAUUUUUAGAUUGUUGGAGUCGGGGUUGUUUCAGGGUGCAUUUUAUUGUAGGUCCUACGAGGCACGGCUUCCUGUUGGUGUUUUUGCUCCAUGGUUCAUCUUAACCCUUUCAGAUCCUCCUCUUUAGAUCAAAGCAGCUGAAGCAGGUGUUCUGAUAUUGGUUCUGGAUCAGGAGAUGGUUUUGGUUAAUAAUAUAACACAGACUGGAUUAUAGUUCCUGUCGUUCACCUUUAAAGUUAUGGAUUAUUUAGAAAGAUUUAAUUUUAAUGUGAAGCAACAAAAAGCAGAAAUGAAGUCUUUCAGUGUGGACCUGUUUGUGUUUUUUUCUAACAUUUAUAUAUUGCUGCCAUAACUCUGUGUGUUUACCAUUUCUUGUGAUAUGUCGAUUGUGAUUUUAAAGGAAACCAUAUUCUGUAGCCCGGGCCCGGGCGUGGGCGGCCCACUGGAGAGAGGAAAGGGAUGUCGUGGCCACAAACGCAGUGACUAUAGCGCUGCAUGACCACCCAUACCAGCAGAUCAAUGCAAACGGCUCCAUAUGUCCAAAAGUGCCAAAUUAGAAAUGGCGCAUUCUUGUUUUAGUGUGUGUGUGUGUGUGUGUGUGUGUGUGUGUGUGUGUGUGUGUGUGUGUGUGGGUGUGUGUGUGUGUGUGUGUGGGGGCAUGUGCGCCAAAGUAACAUAAUGGGUAUUUUUGUGUCAGAUGCAAAUUUAUUGAAAGAUUUGUAUAACAGUGCAGUACUGAUUAUGUGGCAAAAUAAAGAGAAAUUAUUUUUAAACACUAA